AAAUAACUUGCAUUUAUCAACAAAAUGGCGUAAAAUCAACGUCUCAGUUAUCUGUGACUGUUUUAAAGAGGAGGUAGAACUAACAUGAACGGUUUACUUAAAGAAGUAUUGGAUCUCACGCUUAAUAUAUUCCUGAUACUUGUUUUCAUUGCUAUUUGGUGGUUGAUUGUGUGGAAAGCAGUGUUGUCCAAAUUAGCCAUCGUCCGCGAACUGCAAGCAAGCAUUUGGGGCCACAAACGCGACAAACCAGACGACAAUUCUAAAUCAACUAAAGUUAAAUCUAGAAGAGACUGACAUAACCCAUAAAAAUGAACAUCCGUUGUGCAAAGCCUGAAGACCUAAUGAACAUGCAGCACUGCAACCUGCUGUGUUUGCCAGAAAACUAUCAAAUGAAGUACUAUUUUUAUCACGGCCUUAGUUGGCCCCAGCUCAGUUAUGUGGCAGAGGAUGAAAAAGGGAAUAUUGUUGGGUAUGUGUUGGCAAAAAUGGAAGAAGACCAGGAAGAACUGAAGCACGGACACAUAACAUCAUUGGCUGUGAAACGAUCCCACCGCAGAUUGGGCCUGGCUCAAAAGCUGAUGGACCAGGCCUCUGAAGCAAUGGUUGAAUGUUUUGAUGCUAAAUACGUUUCCCUCCAUGUUCGUAAGAGCAACAGAGCGGCCCUAAAUCUGUACAAAAACUCGCUAAAAUUCGAAACGGUAGAAAUCGAACCUAAAUAUUAUGCAGAUGGUGAGGAUGCCUACUCAAUGAGAAGGGAUCUUUCAGAGUUCGCUAAGAAAGUUAAGAAAACAGAGGAAUGUACAAACGAGGAAUAAUUGUGUUGCAGAAUGUCUACUGACGCGGUAUUUAUUCGAGUAUAUGUGUUGAACUUUUGGGCUUUGUAUAAACGAAUUAUACAUUUUUAUUAAGUUAAUUUUCAAUAAAAACUUGAAAACGUA